AUGUGCAAGCCGACGAAGAUGGUCGUGGGUAACCCGAGCAACCCGACGAUGAUCGGCCAGGCCGAGUACGCCGUCGAGAUCGACCGCCUCGACUUCGCCUACCCGCAGUCGCUGCCGACGGACGAGGCGCGCAUGGUGCUCAACGGCUUCUCCAUGCAGCUCAAGCCCGGGAGCCGGUGCCUCCUCCUCGGCGCCAACGGCAGCGGCAAGUCGACGCUGCUGAAGCUGCUCGCGGGCAAGCACCUCGUGAGCGGCGACAACGUGAAGGUCAUGGGCACGGACCCGUUCCGCGACCUCAAGCUCAACCUCACGCGCGCGUUCCUCGACACGCAGUGGGGCAUGCGCACGGUGGCCUUCGCCGGCUACGGCUGCCCGCUCCAGGCCGACAUUAGGGUCGGCGGCAUGAUGCGGAAACUGCAGGACGCGCACCCCGAGCGCCGCGACGAGCUCGUGAAGAUCCUGGGCGUGGACCCGGAGUGGCGCAUGCACCGCGUGUCCGACGGCCAGCGGCGGCGCGUGCAGCUCCUGCUCGGGCUCGUGACGACGUGCCUCGACGUCAUCGUCCGCCAGGAUCUGCUCCUGUGGCUCCAGAAGGAGUGCGAGGUGCGGGGCGCGACGGUGCUCUACGCGACGCACAUCUUCGACGGGUUGGACGACUGGCCGACGCACAUCCACUACCUGAACCGCUUCGGCAAGACGGGCUGGCAGGGCGAGAUGAAGGAUUUGGACCUCUACACGAAACUCCGCAAGGAGGGCCACCCGUCGCCGCUCCUCAAGAUCGCGACGACGUGGCUCCGCGCGGAGCUCGCCGAGUUCGGCCCGGCGACGGAGGGCGAGGACGGCGACGCCGCCAACGACAUGAAGAACCCGAACACGCUGCACGCGUUCAUCUUCCGGUUCUCCUCGCGGCAGUUGAAGACGACCAUGAGGUUCUGCUCCUGGGCGCAGCGGCUGAAGGCCGCGAGGUGCGCGUCGCACUUCUUCGUCGCGAUGGCGCUGAGCUCCUUGCGCGCCUCGUACUCGGCGUGCUUGCUCCAGGGAAAGGGGAGCCCCAUGGACGCGGCCAAGGCCAAGGAGCUCAAGAAGUACACGCGGGAGCUGCUGCGCGACCACGAGACGCUGUCCAGGAACCUCGCGGCCGCCGAGGCGCUCGCCGCGGAGCGCCAGGCCGAGCUCGACAAGCUCCAGGCCCAGGCCGAGCGCGCCCCCGAGGCCGGCGGGAACAACUACCUCUUCGGCGAGCUCUGCCGCGUCAAGGAGCGGGCCCAGCAGUCCGAGGUCGAGGCGCGGCGGCUGAGCGUGAAGCUCGACGUGGCCAAGGACCUGCGCGCCGUCGACGCCCUCGCGAGCCUCCGGCGCCGCAGCGCGCUCGCGUUCGACGGCGAGCCCGUCACGGCGCCCGGGGAGGCGGCGGCCGCGGCCGCGGCCGAGUCGGCGAACCGCCGCGUCGACGACGAGCGGCGCCGCCUGCUCGAGGCCCUGGAGGCCGCGGCGGACGCCGCGCGGCGCGCGCACCGCGGCGCCGCGUACCGCAACGGCGACGGCGCGGCGCUUCGGCUCGUCGAGGCCGUCGAGGCCGCGCUCCGGCACCGCGUCGCGCGGUCCGACGGGGGCUUCGGCCCCUUUCUGCUGGAUGCCGCGCGCGCGUGCGCGCGCCUCGAGGAGCGGCGCGAGGCCCAGGACGCCGUGCUCGUCGCCUGCGCGAAAGCGAAAGACGCGGCCGUCGCGCCCUGGCUCGAAACAAUCGGCUGGGGCCGCGGGCGCCUCGUCUUGCUGGAGCUGCUGAACCGGUCCGUCCUCGGCUUCGCGCUGCGGUGUCUGUGCGUCGAGGCGGCGCCCCCGCUCCGGUCCGCCCAGGGCGCCGUGCUCCACUACGAAAGCGGCGCGCUGCUCCUCGACGCUCCGUCCGCGGCGCGCGCCGCGGACGCGUUAACCGCGCUCGAGGCCGCGGGCGUCGCGUUCCAGCUGCGCCACGCGCGCCACGCCGUCGAGCGCCUCCGCGACGCGGCCGCGCCCGCCGCCGCGGCCGCGGAGGCGCCCGAGGUGGACGACGAGGCCGCGUCGACGGCGACGGGGCCGUCGCGCGUCGCGGACCGGGGCCCCGCGUCCGUGCGGUCCGCGCGCACGGCCCGGUCGCGCACGGCGUCGGGCGACGCGCCGCCGCCGGCGGCGUGGCCGUCACCGCGCGCGCUCGCGGCGCUGCGGCGCUUCGGCGCGAAGACGGCCGCGGCCGCGGCGCUCGACGCGGCCGCCGCGCCGUGGCGGUCCGUCGAGAUCGACGGCGUGGGCGCGUGGGUGUCCACGGGCGCGUCGCGCGCGCGGGGCAUGGACUGCGAGGUGCGCCUCCGGGACGGGCCCGACGACCACGUCGUCGUCGUCGUGCUCCAGUGGCAGUCGAGGAGCCGGAAGCUGACGUGGGCCUUCGAGGCGGCCGACGACGGCAGCUCGCUCUUCCGGCCGUCGUCGCUGUCGCCGCCGGCGUCGCCCCUCGAGGAGGAGGACGACGACGACGACAGCUCCGCGGACGGCGGCGAGGCGCCCGCGGCGCCACCGCCGCCGCCGGCCGCGGACUCGGGGCGGUACGACGUCGCCACGGGGCCCGAGGUCUGGGCCGCGGCGGACGCCGUCGCGGGCGCGGACCGGGCGUUGGGCCCCGUGCGCGAGCGCUGGGCCGUCGUGCGCGGCGACGCGGCCGUGUUUCUGACGUGCCGGCUGAAGCGGCAGCGGCGGCCGCUGCUGCGGACGCGGACCGCGCGGUUCCGCGUCGCGGCGAUGGACGCGCGGCGCUUCCACGACGUCGCGCUCGCCAAAGCCGCGGCGACGGCGAACGCCGCGGGCUGGGCUUUGGCGGAGCUCCGCGACGACCCGCCCGACGACGCGGCGAGCCACGCGGCCGCGCGGCAACUCGCGGACGCGGCGGCCUUCGGCGACCUCGAGGAGGCCGUCCGCCGCGUCUUCGGCGACGACGGCGCGCCCCACUUCGUCUUCUAG